AACCAUCUGCUGUCUGUGUUGUCCCCAAAACACACACACAUUCUGCACGAUCAGCCCAGGACAAAUCAUAAACAUUUCCAGGCCCCUUUAUUCUCUCCCCAUCCCAGCUAAAUGGCAACACACCUGCUCCGAAAUGGAGCUUCCAGCUGGCUGCUCAGGAACUGUCUCUCCCGCCACCACACACUGAAGCGGUGCCUGCAUGUGACCCCUAGCCUGGACAAGACCGUUUCGUUCAAUCUGAGUGACAUCGGCGAGGGUAUCCGCGAGGUGACGGUUAAGGAAUGGUUCGUUAAGGUGGGCGACACCGUGGAGCAGUUUGACAAUCUAUGCGAGGUGCAGUCGGACAAAGCCUCGGUGACCAUUACCAGUCGCUACGAUGGCAAAAUCACUAAAAUCCACCACAGCAUCGAUGAGAUAGCAUUGGUGGGCAAGCCCCUGCUGGACUUUGAUGUCCUCGACGAGGAGGGUGACGAGAGUAGCACCGAAUCCAGCUCUUCUUCCUCGGAUAGCUCCUCCAGCGAAGCGGAGACGGCCAAACCCGCAGCAGGUGAGGCUGUUCCCAUCUGUGGUGGCCGCGUUAUCACCCCAGCCACGCCUGCCGUUCGCCGCCUGGCCAAGGAACAUCAGCUGAACCUUGCCAAUGUACAGCCAACGGGCAAAAACGGACGCGUCCUCAAGGGCGAUAUACUGGAGUAUCUGGGGCAGGUGCCACCCGGCACGAAUAUCCCUCAUCCCACGAUUGCCGCCAAGCUACAGUCUCAGACAGCUACGUCGACUGUUGCUGCUGCUGCUACAGCAGCCGCCGCCAUUCCCGCUGAUCGUGUGGAGGUGCUAAAGGGUGUGCGCAAGGCCAUGCUCAAGGCAAUGACCGAAUCCCUGAAAAUUCCUCACUUUGCGUACAGCGAUGAGAUCGACAUGUCCAAUCUGGUGCAGUUCCGGGCCCAGCUGCAGGCAGUGGCCAAGGAGAGCGGUGUGCCCAAGCUCACAUUCAUGCCGUUCUGCAUAAAGGCGGCCAGCAUCGCUUUGGCCAGGUAUCCGAUUGUUAACAGCUCGCUGGAUCUGGCUAGCGAGUCGCUGGUCUACAAGGGGGCCCACAACAUAAGUGUGGCCAUCGACACGCCCCAGGGCCUCGUGGUGCCGAACAUUAAGAAUUGCCAAUCGAAGAAUAUCAUUGAGAUAGCCAAGGACCUCAAUGCGCUGGUGGAGCGGGGACGCACCGGCUCGCUGACACCCUCGGACUUUGCCGACGGCACAUUUUCCCUGUCCAAUAUUGGCAUUAUUGGCGGCACCUAUACGCAUCCCUGCAUUAUGGCACCACAGGUGGCCAUCGGGGCCAUGGGCCGUACCAAGGCUGUGCCUCGCUUCAACGACAAGGACGAGGUGGUCAAGGCGCACAUCAUGAGCGUCAGCUGGUCGGCCGAUCAUCGUGUCAUCGAUGGCGUCACCAUGGCAUCGUUCUCGAACGUCUGGAAGCAGUACCUGGAGCAGCCGGCUCUCUUCCUGCUGCACUAAAUCGGGCUUCGGCCUCGGCCAUCGCUAGCUCCGGCUUUGGUCUGGCCAACGGAUGAGGCUGUUUUGUUGCAUUUAUCUAGAAAAAUACGCAUUUAAUUCUGUUUAUUAUUAGAGGUGCCAUGUCUGGGCAACCGUGUGCCGCCGCCCUCUCCCCCCGCCCCAAAAUGUGCAUUUAUAGGAGGCAGCUGCUCUGAGCGGCUCCUCGAUAGCUUUAAGCUUGUGGCUGGCACACGGUCUCUGCCCUGGCCCAUGAGUUCUUUUAAAUUGUUGCCCGCUUUUAAGCCCAUAGCCAAUCUUAGUGUGUUAAGCUGUCAGGUCAGUUCCGUUUACAGUCAAACUGUAGUGUGUGCAAUUAUUAGAAAGCUUUGUCCAAUUAAAAAUCAAAUCGGUUUAUGUAUA